AAAAUUAGCUUAAUUUUAUUGCAAAGUUAUCUAACUAUAAUAAUCAUGAAUGAUUCAACUCCAUACAAAAUUUUGGUCGCGAUUGAAGAAACAGAAUUAUCAUGCAAAGCGCUUAAACACGCGUUCGAUUUAUGUUCAAGAUUAAAUACGCCAUAUAGCUUGGAAGUCGUCUAUGUCAUUGCAUUGAAUCCAGAGGCUAAUCCAAACGUUCAAUAUAAAUUUAACAAGCUUGAAGGACAUGGAGUAGUUGGGAAAAUUUUAAAAGAUUAUGUUGAAACUCAUAUGUCUGACUUAAAUCUACUAAUUGUUGGAUCAAGAGACCUUGAUACAUUAAAAAAGAUCGUUUUGAGUUCUACUAGUGACUAUUUGAUUAAACAUCUACAAUGCCCUGUCACUAUUGUUAAGCCAUGA